CAAGCACAACAUGUAACUUUGGAGGAACACCGAGCAAAAUGUUUUACCUGUAGGAGGGGAGGAAGAAUAGAGAAGAGACAGGCACCCAAUUUGGUUUCUUAAAAAGACGCCUUAUGUUUAAACUCAAGCCAAGUUUCAUUUUUUCCGACAAACUUGGCUCCCGCUCAUGUAGGUCAUAACACGUCGGGUCUGAACAACCGGCUAAUGCAACGACGAAGUCUCCGGUCACCUUCGGUUAAUCAUCAGCUCAGUCGCGGCUGACCAUGGAGGACAGAACGGACAGCCCGAUGGCUGUGAAGGUGGAGAGGCACUCUCAAUAUGUCAUCCUGACGUACUUCCAAGGGGACAUCAACAGCAUGGUGGACGCUCACUUCACCCGGGCUCUCGGCAGCGUCUGCAAAGCCAAGGCUCCGGCAGCGAAGACAAAGAAAAUCCGUAAAACUAUAAAACUGGAGGACUCCAGCACUUGUCAGGGGAGCGCCGCUGAACAUUACUACGAGUCACGCGUUCCUCCAGGACGUCUCCUGACCUUCAGCCCUGCAGGCGACGCUCCUGAAACGUGGCAAUCGUUCACUGCCCGGGCAGGAGAAGGCCCGGGGUUGCCAUCCAUCACGUACUCCCUGUCCCAAGAGGGGUUGACUCUAACUGGACAGCAAUACUCCACAUCCCUGCUCAACCUGCUGCAUAAUGACCGCGGUGACAUGGGCCCCAGCAUGGCCUCCAGCUCCAAGCCGGAACUGCUUCCCAGCUGGACGAUGCCGCAAGGAUUUCGAGAGUCCGGGGACCCUGCUGUGGGCUUUGAAGCUGGACGGCACCUGGACAAGAAGGACUUGUACUGGUAUUGAGGAGGGAGCAGAGAGCGGCCUCCCUCGGCGACGCCGCAUGCAUACCUGUCGCUCUCUUAAAAGAAGCACCUGGCUUCUCUGUUCACAUCAGUAGCUGGCAGAUAUUUUUUUUCUCGUCAAACAGGCCCGAGUGUCACCUGGGAGAAGACACGGAAGAAAAACAGCAGGGCCCCGCUCUUUUAUUCCUCGGUAAAAAUGACCUCAGCAUUACUAAGUGGAACAAACUUUCUGAAAGGGAACAUUCACCGACAAACCUGUUCUUCAACUCUGUCACUCCUCUGGUACACUGUAUACAUAGCUGCUUCCAUUUUUGCUUUUGGAGCCGGAUGAAGGGCAUUUUCUCUCAGUAGGCCUAUACCAGUAAAAUAGACCAGUAUUAAAGUUAAAGCGUGAACAUUGUGAGCCUCUUGUGUAUAAAUGCUGAUGUUAAUAUCUGCCUUUAGUUCUCUUUAGUUCAACGUUAUACACC